UCUACUUUCGCUGCAGUACACGGUAGUCGGAAAGCCGCUUAAGCAAACGUGUUAAUCAGUAUUAAAUAUAAAUUGUAUUACAAACAAUGUGGAAAGUUAAAUUCUUCUUAAUAAUAUUACUUUUCUUUGUGAACUGCAUACGAGCUGAUGAUGAUGAAGAAAUAUGCGAUCACGACGAGGGCUUCAACUGUACUGAUGGUUCCUCUGUCGACUGUUUGGAAGUAUGCAAUGGCACAAAGGGUUGUCCAGAUGGUUCUGACGAAUUCUUGUGGAAUGAUAUCACAAAAAGUCCCUGUCUAAACCAGGAGUGUCCCAAUGAUCAUGUGCAGUGUAAUUAUGGCGCUUGCAUUCCAUUAGCGGCCCAUUGUGAUAACAAUUUCGAUUGCGCUGACAAAUCGGAUGAGUGGAAAUAUUAUUGCAACAUACAUAAAGAAAAUCCUGAAGAAUUCAAAUCGUGUGAGUCCGGCGAUUUUAUUCCAAAAAAUAAAUUUUGUAACGGAGAAAUCGAUUGCCCUAAAGAUCGCAGUGACGAAUUUCCACAUUUAUGCAACUUAUGGCCUUGUCCGCUCGAUACGCAUUACCGUUGCGAUUCUGGUGGAUGCAUUCCUCAAACUAAAAAAUGUAAUAACAUAAAAGAUUGUCAUGAUAAUUCAGAUGAGAAAGGUUGUAGUACGAGUAGAAAUGUAAGAAAAAAUCCGGUAUCUACAACACCAAGUCAGGGCUGUCUAAUUAGACGAGAUUCAAAUUAUUAUAUAAAAAAUGAGCUCGAGAAUUAUAUCAUUUAUCCUGAGGAACGAGUUCCCGUCAACACACGCAUUAUUAUUAAAUGUAGAAAUAACUUCGUCUUUCAUGGAAACUACUCCGAACAGAGAAGAGUAUGUGAAAGACAUGGUACAUGGAAUUCCCCACUACCGCAUUGCAUAAAAUAUUGCGAUGAAAGAAUCCUAAGCAAUAGCAAAUCUACAACAGCCCUAUGCUCGUUUCAAGGAUCGAAGGUUGAUUGUAACAAAAUAGUACCUGAUACGAUUGCGAAAGUGUCGUGUGCUGAUAGUUAUAAAAUGCCGGAACAACUAGGCGAUUUUGCUUCCUAUGAAAUGACCUGCAAAACUGAUGGAAAAUGGAGUAAAAGGAAAGCCAAUUGUGAACCGAUUUGCGGUCGUUACGCAUCAGAUAACGCAUCAGUAGCUCCAUGGCACGUAGGUGUCAAAACAGAUUUGAACGAAAGGUGCGGAGGUACUAUUGUCUCUCCAAGUAUUGUGAUAACUGCUCUACAUUGCGUCCAAUUUGAAGAUGAUCCAGCUCUUAGCGUCGACAAAGUUGCCGUGAUAAUUGCGGAGAAUUCAGUCAAUGUGUCGGAGAUCAUCGCAGGAGGACAAAUCGAUGUUGCCCUACUAAAACUAAGCGAAAUACUUACUUUGAGUAAGAGUAUAAGACCGAUAUGUAUAACUGAGAGCGUAUACAUUGCAAGCUCCACAAAAGCAUUUCUUCAUGGUUGGCCGAAAGAUACAAACAAAGUCACAGAUGUAUUUUAUAAAACCGAACUGGAUGUAUUGCCUCCUCAUAACUGCGGCGCCAAUUUGAAUGGAACGUAUAUUUGUGUGCGCCCUGCAUAUAAACUUGACAGAAAUGAAACGCUGUGCGAAGGAGAUAGUGGAAGCGGGAUCAUUGCCGAAAGCGACGGCGUGAACUAUAUAAUUGGCAUACUCAGUUUUAAGCCCGGCCGCAAUGUAAAAUGCACAAACGAGCCUAUUGUGGCCGUCAUGUUUAACCAAAUACCAGACUCACUGAAAACUGGGAUUAGCUCGGACAAAGAACCCUUGUUUGACAUGAAUCUAUCCAUGUAAAUGUAGAAAUCUAAUAGCAAUGUAAAAAUUUCGAAAGUAAAAGAAAUAAAUACAUGGAGUAGCUGUACCUCGGUGUGACCGGCGGUUUAUUAGGAAAACAAAUUGAGUAUUAAAAGUAAAAAUAAUAAAUAUUCUCAUUUUGAAAAGCAAAAUAAUUUUAAUUUGAGUUUUGGAAAGAUUAAUUUACAAAUUUUGAUGACUGGCAGGACGGGAGAUUUGAUUCAACUUA